AUGAAGAGAUGCCUAAAGAUUGCAUUCGUCCUGCUGCCCCAAGUCCCCUUCCUUUCAGCAACCUCGACAGAGGGGAUCACUUCGAUUUCAGGUGCCUGGUCUCCGGGACCAAGGGAUAGCUUUCUUCAAACUAACUUCCGACAAACAGACGCACAAAGCCCUCGGGAUCCGCUUCUGCUACAACUAUCAUCACCUUCGGCCGAAUCGCCACCCCAAGGAAGACAAACCAUGUAUUCAAGACAAGCAUCGAGUGCAGGGCCGAUAACUUCAGGACAGCUUGCUCAAACUGGUGCUGUCGACCCGAGCGGUAGCUGGAAAAGACCAGUACAAGGUCCUGCGGAUUCGCCAAUAUUGCAAAUAUUUCCAUCCUUGGCCGAUUACUCGUCUCAAGGGAAAGUGAAUCCAUGGCCAGGACAAACAUUAAGGCUGGUACCACUCGAGCUUGACCUGUUUAGACCUGUCGCUCCGGGGGGUAGUACGAAAAGAACGUCGGCGGUUUUAUUCGACCUCAAUGCCGAAGAUGUCGAGCUUCAUCAGCCAGUUCCAAAGAAAUAUCGACUGGACCUGAACUUAGAUCCCGCAGAAUCGUCGGAGGAAGAUGUUCCAGGAUUCCUGGGUUCUGCGCGGUAUUCUGGUGAUAUUCAAGCCCUGAAGAGGAUACAAACCGGCUCGCAGGGAGCCAGCUCCUCCCUCCAGCAGGAAUGGCUUCCUGGCAAAAAUGUUGGGAUGACGUUAGACCACAGGCCCCCCACAGAUAUGGGGAUUAGUCAGACUUUUGGUUUGGCGUCCUUUGAUUCUCCAUUUUGGGCGUGGCUUUCGGUCAUUCGGAUGCGCGUCCACGAGCUAGUAGUUGGAAGCUUUCCUGAAGUGGUUUAUUGA